GCCUUCUGCCGACACCCGAUCACUUUGUUUAUAAUUUCAUCUCCUUUAUAUAAACACCUUUGAGGUCCGUACCUUUUCGAAAGAAGUGUCAGCAGUCGAACCAAGGUUAACUGUUGUUCACUUGAUUUUUGUUAGCACGCAGUUAGCAGGAAUCUAAAUCGUCUUAUCGUCGUCUCAAGAAAGAGGCCAAGUGACAACGUCAACUUUAUCAUGAGCCGGAAGAAAGUGGCAGGAAUAAUAUUGCUUUUGACAGGCAUCACUCUGAUAGCGCUUGGCCUUGUCAUUGGAUUUGUAGCACCAAAUAUCGUGCAGGAAAAAGUUGAGGAAUCAACAUGUGUCAACAGUAAGGAUAGUUCAGGUUAUAAAAGAUUGGAGAAACCGAGCCACUUUGUAACAAGAGUUUACUAUUGGAAUAUCACAAACAAAAAGGGAUUUCUUUAUGGAAGAGAAAAACCACAGCUCAGCGAAAGGGGUCCUUACGUCUACAGUAUGACAACGAAAGAAAUUGACGUGAAGUUUGGAAAAGGAACAAUUACAAGCAAGUCGUUUCAGCAAGCCAAAUUUAAUAAAACACUUACUGAGAAAGAAUGUCCAACAUGCCGCGAAAGCGAUAAGCUAACGAUCUUAAAUGUUGGUUACCUUGGUGUAAUGAAAAGAGUUGGAUCAGCUUGGGAAUUUAGCUUUGCUUUUAUUCCGAUGGUAAUGAACAUUCUGUUUCAAAGACUCAGAGCAACAACGCAUCUAAACAAGACCUCUCUUCUGCUUGAAAUGGGGAAAACGCGGAAUCAGCUCCCUCUGAAAUCUCCAUAUUAUCCGGCGUUUGGUUCUUGGCUCAGUACGGUUCCUAAAUUCGCCCCCUUGCGAAAAAAUUAUACGAUUACGGAAAUGAACGGUUUAUACGGCGCAUUGAUGGAUCCUUCCAAAUUUGGACCAUUUGAUAAUCUAACGCUUCUGAAAAGAUGCCUAAGUGGAAAAGUGACCGAAGACUGCGGUCUUGCUUUGAACCUCUUUGCCUUGCAAAAAGGCCUGAACCUUGCGGCGGUUUGGUCCGUAAGAAACAUACUGUGCCCAAACAAGGGUGCAUGUUUCCCUGUACUAUGCUUUUCUUGCUCAAGUCCAUCAAUUAAGUUUAGAGCUGUGGGAGAAUUCAUAAAAGAGUUGUCCAAGUAUGUGCUUUGGUAUCUCGAUGACAAUAACUGCGGGCUCACAACAACUAGAAGCCAGGAUGAAUUAUCUCAUGGCUACGUGAUGAAACUACCUUUACCAGGCCAUCCAUCCGGGGUAGAUGUACCAGGCCCAAUAAACUCGGAUAUUAGCGAGAAGGAAGCGAAAUUAGCGGGAAAAAACUCCACAUUGUACACGUGUGAAUCAGACGAACGAUUCAGUUAUGCAGCAAUAAAUGGUAAAAGUCAAGUUAACAAGGACUUCUACCCAAAUGCAUCUUCUGAUCAGCUGAAGGUCCGAGGCUAUGGAUAUCAAUAUCCGGGGGCCAAACACUUGAAAGCUUGCUCCGCGAACAACACUCCAUCGGCUAAGAAAUACGAAUAUUUCGUAUCAUCAUUUCGCAUGGCUGUUCCCAUCACUUACGACAGAGAUGUCACAAUAGCUGGCAUUCCGAUGAACAGAUACGUUAUAAGUGAGUCUGCAGUUGAGGUGAAUAAUAUGACCGUGUUUACCAAAGGUAUUUUUGAUGUGAGCCGGUUUUUGAAAGGUCCCAUCUACGCUAGCCUCCCAGGAUUCCUUUACGGGGAAGAGCCCUUGUUCGAGGACUUAGGAUUUCCUGCGCCCGACGUACAAAAAUACGGAUCUUAUUUUAGUAUCGAGCCAAUAUCCGGAAUUGCAAUGCAGCUUAAGCUUCGCUUUCAGUUGAACGGAAAAAUCAUCCCUAAUUCAUCACUGUCACCAUAUUACCCAGAAACUAAAAAUGUGAGCUUUACAGACAAACUGAUACCAAUAUUGUGGACGGAAACAGAAGCAAGCAUUGAUGCAGUGACUGCGAAGGAGUUCCGUUCAAAGGUAUUGGGAAGCUUGCGAUGCUUGUGCGGUCUUUUCGUGGCUUUGCCUGUGAUUGGCGGCAUCUUUGUCAUAAUGGGCGUGGUUUUGAUCGUUCUGGGAGCCAGAAAGACUGAGAAGUAUGAGAGAUUAAUCUGAGGAAUGGGUGAAGGACACAUCAUAUUUACUAUUUACAUUUGCUUGUACAAUCCAAAUGUAACCUGAUAAUCACCUUUGUAAGUCUUUCUUUAUUUUAAAACGAUACUUUUCGUAGCUUUAAAACUUGUGGGUUCGGUUUAUUGAAGGAUCUAACGUGCUAAUGGACUUAUGAAAGUUUACAAUUUGUCUAAACCUAAGAUAAACAGACAUCUCCAGAAAGAUAAAAUUAAUAUUUCAAGUAUUUCGAGGGUUUAACUUUAUAGGUAUUGUGUAUAAAUAUAAUCUGAUCUGAGGGUGUAUGUGGAAGCGAAUGUUGAAAGUCAAAUUCUUUAAACUAUCUAGUAAUCUCAGUUUCCGCCUAAAGCUCCCAUAACAGGCUUACUAAUUCAAAAUAGAGAUCGAGGCAAACAAAAGUCAGAAAGAAUCUUGAUUUCUUGACUAAGUUUAACUUAUUAGCAAAUAUUUUCUUGAGCUCCAAUACAUGCGGGAGCCAGGUAAGCUUGUCAUCGACUGUCAUUUCCAGCAGACUUGACCUGGUUAUCCAAUUGAUCAAGAAACUUCCCAGAGUGGUGGGGGAAGAGGAUCCUGGGAUUUCCUGGACAGAUUAGCAUGGCCUCGCUUUAGCCUGGAUGGGGUGGGAGUCUAUUGUUUGGGCAGCACUCGUUUAGUUCGUCCAAAGCCUUUUCAGAUGCGCUAUUGCUUAGUUCAUUUCAUAGCCCGUCCUUUGAACUGUUGCUUUUUUGCUAAACUAAAUAGAUACGUGUCAAACACGACAAAAAUUUGGUAUGAUUUUUAAUCCAUCAUUCGCAAGACCGUGCCCAGCAAGCCCUCAAUUCAUCUGUUUGGUCAAAUCUUGCUGGUUCGUGCUGAACCAUAUUUAUCAGACAUAGGAUUUUACGUAUUUUAAUUUGAUGUUUAAGUACAACAAGGAGACAUCUAGCGUGAGAUCACUGAUCUUAUGUAAGAGUAGCUUUCGGCUGGUGCUUCGACUCUCAGGGUGAAAAAAUCCCCGUUAGGUACACUCAGGGGUGUAAUGCAUUCCUGUAGCAUAGGUUGUCGUCCAAAUAUUUUAAAGGGUUGUGAGGGUAAUAUGACAUAACAUUUCGUGUCUUUUAAUAAUCUUAUAACUGUCGCACUGAAUUUUGUUUGCAAAUUUGUGCUUGUCAUCGAGGAUGAACCUUCAAUAAACAAUGGUGCAAAGUUUAUUUACAAAAGGAUGAAAGUCUCUUGAACUGAUGGUAGAAACAAUUGUUUCAGUAAAAAAGUAAAUGCCAUAGAAAAUACAAACGUUCUAAAGCGAUUUUAUGAUGAAAAGUUGGAAAAGGCAGGUGGUCUCCUCUCUUUAUCAAAUAUUGUGGAGCAAAUCUAAUAUACAAGGUUCUUAUUCCCUUACCCCGGCCAAGAGUUCGAAGCACCUUUUGAAAUAAGGUUUGCUUGAGCACAGUUUCAU